UCGGCGGCKGUUGCUGGCGGAGCCUGGGAGGGCGAGGAGGCUAUAGUUACCUCGGCCGUCGCAUCCUCGAGGGAGUCGUGUCGCCGCCAUCCCCGCCCCCGAGCUUGUCCACCGCCCCUGAAGCUCUUGUGUGCUCCCGGGAAUCUCGCUAGCUGUCCGCCCUUGGCCUUGCGGACCGCGCCUCCAGCAGCAUGUGUGGUAUAUUUGCAUACUUAAACUACCAUGUUCCUCGCACAAGACGAGAAAUAUUGGAGACCCUAAUCAAAGGCCUUCAGAGAUUAGAGUACAGAGGAUAUGAUUCUGCAGGUGUGGGAGUUGAUGGAGGCAAUGACAAAGAUUGGGAAGCCAAUGCCUGCAAAAUUCAACUCAUUAAGAAGAAAGGAAAAGUUAAGGCACUGGAUGAAGAAGUUCACAAGCAACAAGAUAUGGAUUUGGAUAUAGAAUUUGAUGUACACCUUGGGAUAGCUCAUACCCGUUGGGCAACACAUGGAGAACCCAAUCCUGUCAACAGCCACCCCCAGCGCUCUGAUAAAAAUAAUGAAUUUAUUGUUAUUCAUAAUGGAAUCAUCACCAACUACAAGGACUUGAAAAAGUUUUUGGAAAGCAAAGGCUAUGACUUUGAAUCUGAAACAGACACAGAAGCAAUUGCCAAGCUUGUUAAGUACAUGUAUGACAACUGUGAAAGUCAAGAUAUCAGUUUUACUACCUUGGUGGAGAGAGUUAUCCAACAAUUGGAAGGUGCUUUUGCACUUGUAUUUAAAAGUGUUCAUUUUCCUGGGCAAGCAGUGGGCACAAGACGAGGUAGCCCCCUGUUGAUUGGUGUGCGGAGCGAACAUAAGCUUUCUACUGAUCACAUUCCAAUACUUUAUAGAACAGCUAGAACUCAGAUUGGAUCAAAAUUCACACGGUGGGGAUCACAGGGAGAAAGAGGCAAAGACAAGAAAGGAGGCUGCAAUCUCUCUCGUGUGGACAGCACUACUUGCCUUUUCCCUGUUGAAGAAAAAGCAGUAGAAUAUUACUUUGCUUCUGAUGCAAGUGCCGUCAUUGAACACACCAAUCGUGUCAUCUUUCUAGAAGAUGAUGAUGUUGCAGCAGUUGUGGAUGGCCGUCUUUCUAUCCAUCGAAUUAAACGUACUGCAGGAGAUCAUCCUGCUCGAGCUGUGCAAACCCUCCAAAUGGAACUCCAGCAGAUCAUGAAGGGCAACUUCAGUUCAUUUAUGCAAAAGGAAAUUUUUGAGCAGCCAGAGUCUGUUGUGAACACGAUGAGAGGAAGAGUCAACUUUGAUGACUACACUGUGAAUUUGGGUGGUUUGAAGGAUCACAUUAAGGAGAUACAGAGGUGUCGGCGUUUGAUUCUUAUUGCUUGUGGAACAAGUUACCAUGCUGGCGUAGCAACACGUCAGGUUCUUGAGGAGCUGACUGAAUUGCCAGUGAUGGUGGAACUAGCCAGUGAUUUCCUAGAUAGAAACACACCAGUCUUUCGAGAUGAUGUUUGCUUUUUCAUUAGUCAAUCAGGUGAGACAGCAGAUACCCUGAUGUGUCUUCGGUAUUGUAAGGAGAGAGGAGCUUUAACUGUGGGAAUCACAAACACAGUUGGCAGUUCUAUAUCAAGGGAGACAGAUUGUGGUGUUCAUAUUAAUGCCGGCCCUGAGAUUGGUGUGGCCAGUACAAAGGCUUACACCAGCCAGUUUGUAUCUCUUGUGAUGUUUGCCCUUAUGAUGUGUGAUGACAGAAUCUCCAUGCAAGAGAGACGCAAAGAGAUCAUGCUUGGAUUGAAACGGCUGCCUGAUUUAAUUAAGGAAGUACUGAGCAUGGAUGAUGAAAUUCAGAAAUUGGCAACAGAACUUUAUCAUCAGAAGUCAGUCCUGAUAAUGGGACGAGGCUAUCAUUAUGCUACUUGUCUUGAAGGGGCAUUGAAAAUCAAAGAAAUUACUUAUAUGCACUCUGAAGGCAUCCUUGCUGGUGAAUUGAAACAUGGCCCUCUGGCCUUGGUGGAUAAGUUGAUGCCUGUCAUCAUGAUCAUCAUGAGAGAUCACACUUACGCAAAGUGUCAGAAUGCCCUUCAGCAGGUAGUUGCUCGUCAGGGGCGCCCUGUGGUGAUUUGCGAUAAGGAGGAUACUGAGACCAUUAAGAACACAAAAAGAACAAUCAAGGUGCCACACUCAGUGGACUGCUUACAGGGCAUUCUCAGCGUGAUCCCUUUGCAGUUGCUAGCUUUCCACCUGGCAGUGCUGAGAGGCUAUGAUGUUGAUUUUCCACGGAAUCUUGCAAAAUCUGUAACCGUCGAGUAAAAAGCAUCUGAAACUUGGGAAGAUUAAACAACACAUGACACCUUUUGUAUUGAAAGCUUUGAUUUAAGAUAUCACCCCCCUGGAAGCCUUUUUUAGUAAAUUCUUAUUUAUAUAUCAGUUAUAAUUAUUCCAUUCAAUUUGUGAUUUUUGUGAAAUUGCUUCUUAUAUUUUUCCAGUAAAAUGUGGGGGAGUUUGAAUAAUGAAAUCUAAUUGGAAUCUGUAUUAGCAAGAUUUUAGCUGUCUUUUUCUGGGUGUUGAAUUUAUGGGUCCUUCACUUCAAUCUAAGAGGAUUGUAUGUUUAAAAAAUAAUUGGCAUUUGUUUUACUGUGCAUUUAUUCAUUCAGACCAAUCAUAGAGUUGUGCAUUUAUUUGGGCUUUCUAAAUCCAGUGGUAAUAUAUGUGAACACUUGGAUGUUUAUUGAAGGUUUUGCUAAGUUAUAUAUAAACAGAAGAUGCUGUGAUUUAUUUCAGAACUUGUUUCUAUUUUGUUUUUAAAUCAAACUAUAAUACGUAAAGGCUUAAAACUUUUCUUGGUGGGAUUUAUAUCUAAGGUCAGUUAACCUUAGUUCUCAUACUUAUCCGUUAUCUGUAGGUGGAGGUGAUUUAGGCAACAGAAUAUUAUAGUAGUGCAUUGAUGUUCUCCAAUGCACUUAUAGAGAACACAUGUGCACAAUUUUAUAGCACAAACUUUAAAUUUGAAUUGCUUUAGACAGUUGGACAAUUGACAGCGUGAUUUUAAAUUUGAAGAUGGGAUGUUGGGUAACCCACUCCUUGUUUUUUCAUCUAAAAGAAAUUUUUAUUUCCUUGUGUUUAUAAUCUUUAUUUUUAAAGUAACUGUUGAAUGACAUAUUUGUAUCUUGUUCUUGAAAUCACAACAGAGCUGCUAUCAAAUGUUUCAGAUUGUCAAUAUAUUCAAUAUUCUUUUCAACUUUGUCCCAUGAAAGAAUUUCCUACAGUUAAUUUUGACUUUCUUUACUGCCUUGUUGCAUAAAACUAAUAUACCUUUAGUGUCAGUUUGGAAAUUCUCUGAAAUCUUUUAGAAGAUUUGCAAGUCUUUGGCUCUUAAAUAGGUAUGGUAGGCUAGGCUAAGAAAAAUUUAUGUUUUACACUGAUAUUAGUAAAUAAAGGACAUCAUAUUUAGUAUUCCUAGAUUUUUUCCUCUGUAUUUUCUGUGUUCUACCCUGAAAUUUAUUUAGGAAUGAAGAUGAUGUAAAUAAAGUGGUGGUAAAAUGUCUUCAGCUGGUUGCAGUUACAAGUGGAAGUUGACACUUUGGGUUAAAAUAUUUAAAGUAGAAUAUUAGUUAGAUACCCCAAAAAUGUGAGUUAAAAUUUUUUUCACAGAGUUUUUUGGUUUAGAUCUUGAGAGCUAUAGGAGAGUGUGCUUAUGUUUUGGUUAAGUUCUUUCAAAAGUACUCACUUUUAAAUUGUGAAGGUGAAAUAUUUAGCAUAAUUUCUAGUAAGUUCAGUCUUUUAUUUCCUUUUUUGUGUUUGAACUUCUUGAUGAGGUUAGGAUUUUGGAUAGCUAUUAUUGCUACAAGGGAAGUAUAAAACACUGCUUGUGCAUGAUGGAUAGAGAAAGAAGUGGCAUAUUUUAAGGUAAUUUGGAAGGAAUCAUUGAUGGAGUCUAGGGAUCUCAUUGUUUUUAAAAAUAAAAUAAGGUCACUAUUUACAUCAUACACACACACACACACACACACAAACACAUACAGCUGCUAUAGCUGUAUUUACCUACUUUGUUUAUAAGAUUAUUUUCUGUAAGCAUACUAGUUUUUAUAUGUAUUAUAUCAUUUCUUAUAUUUGAUACGACAACAUUUGACACGUGUAUGGGUUUGCAGCAUUUCUUUGCUUAAAUUAUUUUAUUGAUAUACAUGACAUACACAUAAUUAUUGUGUAUUGUUAUGGGGUACAGUGUGAUGUUUUGGUAUAUUGUAAAAUGAUUAACUCAGGAUACUUAGAUUAUCCAUCAUCUCAAACAUUUAUCAUUUUUUUGUGAUAAGAACAAUCAGAGUGGUCUUUUGUAUCUAUUUUGAAUUAUACCGUUUGGUACUGUUGGCUGUCAUCACUUUCUGUGUAAUAGAAUUCCAGAACUUACUUCUGUCUGGCUGUGAUUUGUACCCCAAAUCACACUCCAUACACAAAUACUCCAAGCUAGGGUAAGUUCUAAACUGAGUAUCAAAAACCAAGUUGAAGUAUGAAGUGGUAUUUUCCAAACAUGAUUUUGUUUCCCUUUUCUCUCUUCUUGCUCUCUACCCCAUUUAAUGUUGUGAUUUUUAAAUGUUUUUAUAAAUUAAUUUUUAACACAUAAAAGGUCUUGCAGUGAGGCAAGGCUAAAUAAGUGAGCAUACCCAGUUAAAGCCAAUAUAAUAUAGACUAUUUAAAAAAUGUGUUUUUCAGAAAAAGAUAUUCUACAAAAGGAGCUCUUUAUAUAAAAAGUUUUUUUCUUAUAGUACAUUUAAAGUUUAAAUUCAUUCAUAUGCCCUUACCCAGUGGGCCCUUUUUAGUCAGGGGACAUCUAACAAACACAUGGCCCAAUAAAUAAUUAUUACUUUGGAAUCAACUUUUCCACUUUAAAAAUCACAUAUGCCAUAGGAUAAAGAUAAGAGGAAAAAAAAAGUUGUCAGCUCUUUUUAGUUUGUUAUAACUAUGUCAACAGUCUUUUUUUUAUGACUACCUAUUAUAAGCUGUGCAGGUCAUUUAAAAUUACAUCUUCCUUCUCAAAAAAUGUCUGUCCCCAGGUAGACUUGUCACUGGAGAAGAGUAGCUAGGUUCAUUGAAAGGCAUGGGUGCUGUGAGUUGAAUGGAUUUGUUUACUUAAAUGAUGGUCUAAGUUUGGGGGCAUAUCAUAUAUAAUGUUCAUAAGAAGUGAAAUGCAUGUGCAGAGUGAGCUGUAAUCACAGGCUAUAAACAAUACAGAGUCAUUAACAUGCAGAUGAAAAACAAUCAAGUGUUCCUGCUCCUCAGAGGUAACUUACACAGGGUAGAGUGCAGAUGGGCUGUUUCUCCUUUGAAAGCUUUCUUAGGUUGUUUCUGAGGUGAUACUGACUCCUUUUAAAUCCGGGUCUCUUGUCCUGAGUUAGUUCUGAGGAUGGAGAAAAGGAGCCUAUUUGGGGGUCAUUGGUAAUAUUUCUCUGACAUUUAUUUCAUUACUCUUCAAAGAAGGAAAACCAGCUAAAGUGUUUGUUUUAACAAACGUAUUUUAAGUCCUUUGGGUCAGCUCUUUCUCUUAUCUUUUUUAAAAAUAUAUAUAUG